AGCCAUUUAAGUUUUUCAAUGCAUGGUUUCAACAAGAAGGUUGCAUGGAGUUGGUUAAAGAGGUGUGGGGGUCGGCAAACAUUCAAGGAUGGGUAGGGUUUCAACUUAAGGAAAAGCUGAAAUUGACAAAGAAAGCUUUGAAAAGGUGGAGCAAAACACUUCUCCCAGUUAUUGAUGCCAAAAUAAACAAGGCUACUAUAGAGAUAGCACAAAUUGAUAAGAAGGGGGAAGAGGUACAACUGUCGGAGGAAGAAAUCAUAAGAAGAAGAGAGGAUUUCCUACUUCUAUGGGAAAGCAUGAAGAGCAAGGAAAGUAUGCUACAGCAGAAAUCUAGAAAGGCAUGGUUGAAUCUCGGUGACGCCAACACAAGUUUCUUUCACAAGUGCAUCAAGGGGAGAUGGAGAAGAAAUGAAAUGACUUCUAUACAAAUCAAAGGAACACAAAUUGUGUGUGCCAGCAGAAUGAAGGAGGAGAUUGCUUCCUUUUUUGAAGACAUAUUCAAAAAAGAACAGUGGGACAGACCAAAGCUAGAAGGGGUGAGCUUCAAGCAGAUUUCACAGUUAGAAAAUGACCAUCUGGUUGGAGCUUUCAGUGAGGAAGAGAUAGAUGCAGCGGUGCGGGAGUGUGACAGUUCAAAGGCGCCUGGACCAGAUGGAUUCAAUUUUGACUUUUUCAAGAAUGUGUGGGAGCUAAUAAGGGUAGAUGUAAUCAGAUUCUUGCAUGAAUUCCAUAAAAAUGGUAAGCUAGUUAGAGAACUUAACACAUCUUUCAUUGUCCUUAUACCAAAAGUGGAUAACCCACAAAAGAUAAAGGAAUAUAGACCCAUCUCCCUCAUUGGCGUAAUGUAUAAAAUCCUUGCAAAGCUUCUUGCUAACAAGUUAAAGGUGGUCCUUGAUGGGAGUGUCGGUGAACAACAGAUGGCAUUUAUUAGAGGAAGGCAACUAAUGGAUGGAGUAGUGGUAGCAAAUGAGGUGAUUGAUGAUAUAAAGAAGAAGAGGAAUGAGACAUUCUUGUUCAAGAUCGACUUUGAAAAGGCGUAUGAUAAGGUCAGCUGGGAAUUCCUCGACUAUAUGAUGCAACGGAUGGGAUUUUGUGUAAUCUGGAGGAACUGGAUCAUGGAAUGUCUGAGAACAAACCUUGUAUCAAUUCUGAAGGUCUUAAUGGACUGGUUUCAGCUGCAUCUCAGAAAGAGUUAUUGGAUGGAGCAAAGGUGGGGAGCAGAGGGUGUCUUGAGAGCUUUCGAACUAGUCUCGGGCCUAAAGAUAAACUUCAACAAAAGUCAUUUGAUUGGCAUACAUGUGCAAGAGGGCUGGCUCAACAAAAUGUCAUGGGUGCUUUGCUGCAAAGUUGGGGUUUUUCCAUUUAAAUAUCUGGGCAUCCCCAUUGGAGGAAGCAGUAGAAAGAAGGCCUUUUGGAAACCGCUAGUGAAAUUAUUUUCUAAAAAACUGUCUACAUGGAAGGGUCGGUACUUAUCUUUUGGUGGACGGAUUACCCUUAUUAAUUCAAUGCUAUCCAGUCUUCCUGUGUUCUGGAUGUCAGUGUAUCUCAUCCCAAAAGGAAAAUGGUGGGGGAGGAUAGUCAUGGCAGAUAAAGGGCUCUGGAAAAAGGUUAUUGUGGAGAAGUAUGGUCGGGUAGGGGAACCAAGCUUCAAUUGGUUGAGGGAGAACAUGAAUUUCGGCUCAUCUUGGUGGAGGGAUUUAAGUAGAUUGAAUGAUAUUGACAAAGAGAAGAAAGGAUGGUUAGUGGAUGGGCUGGAAUUAAAACUAGGGGAAGGGGUAGACAUUAGUUUCUGGUGGGACAAAUGGAGUGGGGAUGAGUGUUUAGCUAACAAAUAUCCUAGACUUUACUUGUUAUCUACAGGAAAGGACUAUAAGAUCUCACAAAUGGGAGGUUGGCACAAUGACAUUUGGAAGUGGAGUCUACAAUGGAGAAGGUCCCUAUUUAGCUGGGAAGAACCUCAGGAACUGGAGCUCCUAAAGGAGAUUAACGAGAAAACAAUUGCAAGAGGGAGACCAGAUCAAAGGAUAUGGAUUCACAGUAAAGAUGGUAGUUAUACAACCAAAUCAGCAUACCAGAUACUUGCAGCAGAACACAGAAACAACCAGCAGGGGUUGGCUCUACAAAAAGUAUGGAAUCUACUUAUACCGAGUAAAAUCUCAGCAUUCUCUUGGCAAUUGCUACAAGGGGAGGAAAACUCCAGCCACCUUUUUGUUCAGUGCAAAGUGGCGCGUGAUCUAUGGACAGCUUGCUACAAAUGGUGGGGAAUUAAAACAGUAACUGAUAGAGAUUGCUGGAGAUUUUUUGAACAACAUUCCAGUAUGCUGGGAACAGUGGGGAAGGUAUCUCUAGAGAAAGCCAUCGGAAAUGGAGGUGGAGCUGUGAGUGAAGGAGGUGAAGGAGAUUAUGUGCCUGAAGCAAUAAUGGUCUUUGGGAUUCUAAGUGGUAGUCAAGGCAUGCUCAGUGAAGGUAGAAAGUUCGACACGGGUACAGUGCCGACACACUGGAUCUGGUGUCGACACUAUAUAGCAUGCACUGAAAUUUCCGACACGGACGUGGUGUUGGCACAUACUUCAGAGGUCGACACCAUACGGAAGGGUUGGAAAUUGUUUGGCUUUCAAAUUGUCGAGUUGAUGAGUUGAGAAAACUUUAAAAAAAAAAAAAAAAAAACAAAAGGAUUGAUAAUUAUGAGACAAUAAAAGUUAAUAUUGAUUCUUGCACUUAAACCUAAGAAGUAUUUGUUGACAGUGGUUUUAUCUUCUCCAACAACUUCUCGGCUUCAAUAAACCGGCCUAAUGGCCCCAAAGAUAUAUAUUUUAUAUGUUUCCAUCUGUUCAAACUCUGGACGGAUUAAACCAG